AUGCCUACGGUAGGCUUUCUCGAGAGGUUCCUCCUUUGCUUCGUGCCCAAGGAUUGCAACAAAUGUGACAAGUUCCUUUGGGCAACUUCUUCAGUUUACUGUUGUGGCCCCUGUAGAUAUUUUGUCCAUGUAAAGUGCGCAACAUCAGAGGCAGGGUCGUCAAGAGGUGCUGAAAUAAGUAGCAGUAAUAAAGAUGACGAACUUCUUGAGUCUAAUCCGGUAAAUUUACCGGUGAAUGAUGAAUUCGUAGAUAUGGCUAGAUAUUUUGUUAAUGAUAUCAACAUUAACGAGUUUGAGAAAGAAACAGAGAUUAAUAAUUGGAGCCAUGAGCAUCCGUUACUUCUUUUCGAUGUGCAAAAUAUCAAUGAGGAGGUUCAACACCCAAGUCACCCUGAACACUUGCUUGAGCUUGGGAGAUCCAGUAACAUCUAUUCGGGCAACUUGUGUCACUGUUGCAACAUGGAUAGCAAUGGAUUAUUCUACUGGUGUCAAACUUGUGAAUUCCCUGUUGAUAUCAAAUGUGCUUUUCUACCUAGCACUAUCAAACAUGAAUCUCACAAGCACCCCCUAGUUCAAACUGAAGGUUCACAUCAUGUUUGCAAGUCAUGUGAUUACAAGUCCUCAAGCUUCAUAUUCAGAUGUGAUACUUGCAACUUCAAUCUGGACUACAAUUGUGCCUUGUUACCAAAAACUGUCAAGCACAGGUGGGAUCGGCAUCCCUUAUCCUAA